UCGGCGCGUCGGCGGUGCGUGGUUCGGUAGAAAAGAGCCGAUCGAUAUGCAUGCACAGCAAACAGCGUAUACAUGGCAUACAUGGGUGCGAUGUCCAACGGCAUUAUUUUCUCUUUGUUUGGUCGAGGCUGUACCUUCAUGCGCUGCGUGUUUUUAUUUUUUUGGUUUGGAAUCACUCCAUUUAGCUUUGUGUAGUUUUUUUUUGACAGCGGGUAAGGGUAGCGCUUAAUGCAAAUCAUGCACACCACCCCACCCCCGACCUCGAGUAUGCCUUGCCCAAGGACCCCCACACGCAGUGUUUUAUGUUGUAUUCAUCCUGGCAUCAUCGUGGGUUCUUUAGCGAAUGUCUCCAGGCGUUGCCAUGUACUAUAUUUGAAAUACCCAAGGCUUGUUUGUGAGCCGCACAUUCGAGACAACGAGGACGUGAACAUGAGCUGCAUGAAUUGACAACGAGGCUGAUGGACGAAUCGUGCAUGACCAAAGUGGUGUGAGUUCCUCUGUCCCCCCAAUCGGAAAUUGAUCACAGUCGCUUUCUACGUCCCACUCCAGCCCCGAAGUGGAUAUGAUUGCAGGGCCGUACACGGGCACGAUGCCCACGUUUUCAGUAAACAGUUCGCUCGAAAGUGCGCCUCGAAUGGUAUUGUGAGGACUCCUGAGGAUGAAGGACAGAUUGGAUUCGGAAAACAGCCAUAGCUGCAUGUUUGGGUCGUUGGUCUCCUCGCGGAUCAUUUCGUGCAACAGACCCAGACCCUGGUCGACUCUUCCGGCCAACGUCCCCAGGACGAAGAUUUUGCGGGCGUGUGAGGAUGAAUGUCUGGAUGCAAUCUUGCACAUGGCUUUGCCAAAAUCAGUGCUGUAUUGAUCGGGAUCCUGGGAUAUCUCGACACCACGACUCGCAUAGUAUGCGCGCACGUCCGGCCGCAGUGAAUCUAGAUCUCCAUGUAUAGCACUGGGCAGCUUCAUGUGUUCCCGCACUAUUAGUAUACAUAUUUCUGAAUGUGCAGAGAGGAUGCAAGCAAGGUGAGGGGUGUUCCUUACAUAAGCGUCUCUCUCAGUCUCACGCCCGCCUUCCAUAAACAUAUCAAAAAGCCGAUUAGCGCCGCCAUCGGCACAUAUGCGGUAAUGCGUGUGCUUCCAUAGCCGCGCAAACACGCCAAAAUGGGUGAUUGGUUGGUUGAGGAUGAGCAGAUCGGGAGGUACGACAUCUGAUGGCACUGUGUCUCCCGCCAGAAACCGGGCUGGGUCGUAGACCAUGACUCCCCGCGUCGCACCCAUCCUAUGGCUAUCUACGGCUGCUAUUGCACGGCAGCUUGUACCGGGUGGGGAGAUGGGUACUGAGUGAGUGAGGGCAAGUACAGCAAAUGAAGGACGAUGUCU